CAGCUCCGGAAAAAUUGCCAAACACCAAAACGGAUCUCAAUUUCAGACCCUUUUGCUUAUCGGAGUAAAGAGUCCAACGGAACUGAUAUACGAAAAACUGAGUUGAGGCGCGUGGUGGUGCGAAAGAUAGGGUGCGGCGCGUGAUAGAUUUAAGCAUGGAAGGAUUUCUUCGCUGGUGUCAACGACUCUCUACCUCUGCCUCUUGUUCUUCUGCUUCUUCUUCUGCUGCUGUCGUGGACGCCAUUGACUAUAACAGCCAUCAUGAGCACUCAACAAACGACGCAGUACAACCAUCAUCGUCGUCUUCAGAAGAUCAGAAGGAGCUGACGAUCAUCGUGGACCUCGAUAUCUCGGGCUUGAAGCGGAUCAAGGUCCCCGAGCGGACCAAUCCCAGAGUCGCCCCCACGGACCCUCAUAAGAGCAUGCUUGACAAAGAAUUUUUCACAGAAUAUGGUGAGGCAAGUCAAUAUGAAAUUCAAGAAGUAAUCGGCAAAGGAAGCUAUGGUGUUGUUGCCUCUGCAAUUGAUACUCACACUGGAGAGAGGGUAGCUAUAAAGAAAAUCAAUGAUGUCUUUGAGCAUGUUUCUGAUGCCACACGCAUUCUACGAGAAGUCAAGCUACUUCGGCUACUUCGACACCCAGAUAUCGUACAGAUAAAACAUAUAAUGCUUCCUCCAUCUCGAAGAGAAUUUCAAGAUAUUUAUGUUGUGUUUGAGCUGAUGGAAUCUGACCUUCACCAAGUAAUUAAGGCAAAUGAUGAUCUUACACCUGAACAUUAUCAAUUUUUCUUAUACCAGCUUCUUCGAGCUUUAAAGUAUAUACAUUCAGCAAAUGUUUUUCAUCGAGAUUUAAAGCCGAAAAAUAUACUUGCUAAUGCGGAUUGCAAGCUGAAGAUAUGUGACUUUGGCCUUGCUCGUGCAUCAUUUAAUGAUGCACCCUCUGCAAUUUUCUGGACUGAUUAUGUGGCAACUCGAUGGUACCGUGCUCCUGAACUCUGUGGUUCAUUUUUCUCCAAGUACACGCCCGCGAUUGAUAUAUGGAGCAUUGGAUGCAUAUUUGCAGAAAUGCUAAAAGGAAAACCCUUGUUUCCUGGAAAAAAUGUGGCACAUCAAUUGGAUCUCAUAACUGAUUUACUUGGCACUCCUUCUGCUGAAUCCAUAUCAAGGAUUCGGAAUGAAAAGGCUAGGAGAUAUCUAAAUAGCAUGAGUAAAAAGCCUCCAACUCCUUUCUCACAAAAAAUCCCCAAUGCAGAUCCAUUGGCUCUUCAUUUACUAAAGCGUAUGCUUGCGUUUGAGCCCAAAGAUCGCCCAUCUGCUGAAGAGGCAUUAGCUGAUCCAUAUUUCCAGGGGUUGGCGAAUGCAGACAAUGAACCAUCUAGGCAACCAAUUUCGAAACUCGAGUUUGAUUUUGAAAGGAGGAAGUUAGUAAAAGAUGAUGUAAGAGAGUUAAUUUAUAGAGAGAUUUUAGAGUAUCAUCCACAAAUGCUGCAUGAGUACCUUGAAGGUGGAGAUCAAAGUAGCUUCAUGUAUCCUAGUGGACUUGAUCGAUUUAAGCGACUAUUUGCCCAUCUCGAGGAACAAUAUGGUAGAGGUGAAAGAAGCACUGCACUACAAAGGAAGCAUGCCUCCUUGCCUAGGGAAAGGGUUUCUGCACCCAAAGAUGAGACUACUGACCAAAAUGGUAAUUGUAAAAAGAGUAAUGCAGCUUCAGCUUCUCGUGCAACCCUUCAGAGCCCUCCAAGGUCAGAAGGGAUUGUGACAGCUGAAUAUACUUACCAAAAUGCAUCAGCUAUGCAGAAUGGCUCUAGCAUUAGUCCUCACAGCCUGUUGAAGAGUGCUAGCAUUAGUGCUUCUAAAUGUGUGGGUGUAAAAGGAAAGAAUUGUGAGGAAGAAACAAUCCAGGAACAAGAUGAAGCUGUGGUUAAUUGUUUCCCGUAGAAACUCACAACACUAUACCCCCUAGAAUUAUACUUCUGAUCUGCGCAUGGGAUAGCUUUGUUUUUACACGCUAGGCCCAUAAACUCCCCCAGUUUGUGGGUGGUUGUAGUAUUUAUAGUGAUACUAAUUGUGGAUUUUUGUUUUCCUUUUAUUUUUUUCAUUUUAUGGCUGGGACUUUUCGUUGGUGUCUUUUAUUAACAAUACUGAACUAUUGAAUUAUCCUUUAGCUGUUA